CUCCACAUCUUAACUUCGACAAACUGCCUCAACUUCUUUCCAUUCUCUAUUUCUCUCUUCUCCUUAACCUCCAUUUUCCUAACAAAGCUAGCUUAGUUUGCUUCAAACCAACAAAAAAUGAUGCAACCACUUCUUACCAUUCCACCACCACUUCCAACAACCUCAUUGUUUGAUACAUCAUUUCUUAAACAUGAAGAUAACAUACCAAGCCAAUUUAUAUGGCCAGAUGAUGAAAAACCAUGCUCGGAAACGCCUCCAGAGCUCGAGGUACCUCCCAUUGAUCUAGGGGGGUUCCUCUCAGGAGACCCAGUUGCAGUGUCAAAGGCAACUACACUUGCCAAUGAAGCAUGCAAGAAGCAUGGGUUCUUCUUGAUUGUCAACCAUGAUAUCGAUUUCGAGCUCUUAGCUAAAGCUCAUGAAGCUAUGGAUUACUUUUUUAGUCAGCCGUUUUCCCAAAAACAAAAAGCUCUCAGGAAACAAGGUGAUCAUUGUGGCUAUGCUAGUAGCUUUCUUGGAAGAUUUGCCACAAAACUUCCUUGGAAAGAGACUCUUUCCUUUCGAUAUUAUGAUGAUGAUGAUGAUAAGUCCUCAAAAAUGGUACAAAACUACAUCUCCAACUUAAUGGGGACUGACUUUCAAGAAUUUGGGAGGGUGUACCAAGAAUAUUGUAAGGCUAUGAGCAAGUUGUCCCUUGGUAUCAUGGAGCUUUUGGGAAUGAGCCUAGGAGUUGGAAGAAACUAUUUCAGGGAAUUUUUCAAAGGGAAUGACUCAAUAAUCAGACUAAACUACUACCCGCCUUGCCAAAAACCCGAAUUAACUCUUGGGACGGGGCCUCACUGUGAUCCCACGUCGCUGACGAUUCUUCAUCAAGAUCAUGUUGGUGGCCUUGAAGUCUUCGUCGACCAAAAAUGGUACUCCAUCCGUCCCAACCAGAAAGCAUUUGUCGUCAACAUUGGAGAUACCUUCAUGGCUUUGUCAAAUGGGAAAUACAAGAGUUGCUUGCACAGGGCAGUGGUGAAUAGCAAAACUCCUAGAAAAUCAGUGGCUUUCUUUCUGUGUCCAAGGGGAAACAAAGUGAUUCGUCCACCAAUUGAGUUAGGGCAUCCAAGGGUAUACCCGGAUUUUACAUGGCCGCUUCUUUUGGAGUUUACACAGAAACAUUAUAGGGCCGACACAAAAACUCUAGAUUCUUUUACAAAGUGGCUUCAAAAGAGAUCAACUGAAGACGAGCGAGUAAAGUAAAACCAUGCAACAGCAACAGCAACAGCAACAGCAACAGCAGCACGCAAAGGACAUACAUGUAAAAACAUGAUGCACUCGUUAUAGAAAAGCAUUGUACUCCGUAUAUGAAUUGAAGAGACAAAAGGGUGCCAAUUGAAGUUAGCUAAAGAUCGAUCUGAUUAAAUUACAACUGAAGCACCGCUGUUGGUUAAUAUCUAUCUGUCUACUGUUAUUAGUGUACUAUGUUUAAAGUUUAUGUUUGUUAUUGUACAAUAACAUGUGGUACGACCCACCCUUUCUUAGACUCUGUCUUCUUCUAGGUUUUCUUCCCCUUCGAUCAUUGCAAUUGCGUACAAUGUAAUAUCUAUACCGUUAUCUAUACUAUAUACUUCUAUUAAAACAAAAGGUCUUGC